ACCAUCAGAAUACCUAAGACAAUGCAGGGCAGAGAUUAGCCGAACAUUGCACCAGAGAUUCAACAGGCAGUCGGCAGUGCACCACCAGAACCCAGAACGCAGUGUAAAGUGGCAGAGUGGACUGAAGAGGGAAGGAAGCCCAUUGCCCACUGCCCAUUGCCCAAAUCCCAGUGGCAAAUAUGCAAUACUCGAGGAUUGCUUUGGUGGCCGUUCUACUGCUCAUCUCCUGCAGCUACGCCAAAUGCUCGAAUGAGACACAGAAACAGGAGGCGGCAGAGGCGCUCACAGGACAUCGGUUUACGAGCAGCAGGAACGGCAACAUCACCAUUCUGCAUGAAGUGCAGGAAACGGACUCCGCCGAGUCACCACUAGUUUUAAACACCCACGAAGUGCUGCCGCUUAAGCCGCUCAAGAAGAAACCCUACUUGCCGCUGGAGAAGAUCCUGCCAAGCAUUGACUAUGUCAAGCCACCGCAUCCACUCAAGGACUACGAACUGCACCCGGUCACAUUCGACUUCAACUUGGGCGAUCUGGAGGAUCUGGAGCACGAGGUGAUCAAGAAGGGGGACCUCAGCAGUCAGGAGCAGCAUGUCCUGGCCUCGGACACCAGCUAUAGUCCCUCGAAUCCCGAUGAGAACGACACUGUGGAUGUGGACAUAGCCGAGUUCUCCACGGAGCCCACCACGGCCACUUCGCCGGGAACAACGACGAUGACUCCUCCGGCUUCAGCAUCCACCACCACCACUUCCAGCACUCACAUCCUGAAAAUCCUGCGCAGCAAACCCCAAAUGGCGCCCAAACUGGGCCGCGAUUUGCUCAAGCAGAGCGGUGAUGAUGACCUGCAGCUGAAGACCUUGGGCAGUACCAUCAAUAGCAUUAAUCGCUACUUGGGCGCCAAUGCGAAUGGAACGGGAAACGGCAGCAUGGCCGAGAGUCUUUAUGGCCAGGCCAACUACUUCCAGCUGGUGGCCAAUCUCUACGACCAUUUCUACUGGCAGAUAUCCGAGAUUCGGACGAGUGUUCGCACGGGCUGCGGCCUCGAGAUGCAGGCCUAUCUGACGGCCCUGCAUUCCAGCUACGAGUGGGCCCAAAAGGCCUACGACUCGUCGGGACGCUAUCGCGGCCAGCUGCUCUUUGGCAACGACAAAUGGCUGGGUCAGCUAUCCUUUUGCUAUGAGCUCAAUCGCCAGAGUUCCAGCGAGGAGCGCAAGCACUUCGAUCUGGAGUUCUAUGUGGCAGACGUGGCCCUCCACUUGCCCCGCCUGAACCGAUCGAUGCUGUUGAGUCUGGGCGAGUGCCUGCCCAAAUCCUGUUCCGCCCACGAUGUCCAGUCCAUUUUGUCCCUGGAUCCCUAUGCGCGAAUGCUGACUGUCCUGGGGGCACACAAUACCUCGGUGCAGCAACCUCCGCUCCAGGUUCUGCACGUCCGCACUGUGCCUGGACCGUAUAGUCACUGGCGGCAGCUCAAGUUCCAGGUGUUCAUUAGCUUUAUGCUCACCUUGUUUCUGGUGAUCCUGGUGGCAUCCUAUUACCAGCUCAAGAUCGAUGAGCGUCGUUUGAUGGUGGCCCCCAUUGCGGCCAUCAGUGGCAAAUGCGAUGGAACUUCGGCCAAGAAUGGUGGCUUCUAUGGCAAACCCUUCGAGCUUUUUCAGAUGCGUCCUUUGGGCAGCACACUUGCCGCAGCCGACGGUCCCGAAAUGGAUGUCAAUGGAAAUAGACAACGAUCGGGGGAUUCAGCCGACAUGGCUGACUGUGUUCCAGGUGUGGUUUGUGACCCCAACACCUCCACAUCGAUGGGGUCGAUGGCGGGCAAAUCGGAAUUGAACGAUUACCAAGUCGAAACUGGGAGCUGUGGUGGAGCCACUGGAACUUAUGAGGCGGAGCAACCCAUCGCCUUUCACCAACAAAUUCUGUUGUGCUUUGCCUUGCAAACGAAUGCCAAAGCCAUUCUAAAUAUCGACAAGACCAAGGAGACGCACACCUCCUGUCUGCAUGGUUUGAGGGUCUUCUCCGUACUUUGGACAAUGAUGGUGCACACCUAUCUGCAGAUGUUUGCCAUUGGCGAGAAUAAAUUCGAAAGGGUCAUCACAGAGCGUUCCGUGUGGUAUCAGGUGAUCGGCAAUGCCACCUUCUCGGUGGACUCGUUCUUCUUCAUCAGCGGCCUGCUAGUCACUCUGCUCUACUUCAAGCAGGAUCGCAAACAUCCUGCGGACACCUGCCUCUUCAUAAAACGCAGCUUUUCGGAAACGUUUAUGAUGCUGCUCUACCGCUAUCUGCGACUGACUCCAGUUUACCUCUUCGUGGUCAUUUUCAAUGACUUUGCCGUGAGACAAGGCCUGGACUCUUCGGUCUUCCAACCGGCCAAAAUCGAACACAACACUUGCCGCGUCUACUGGUGGCGCAACAUUUUGUAUAUAAACAACUACUUUCCGCAGACGGAGAUGUGCAUGAUGUGGAGCUGGUACAUGGCCAAUGAAAUGCAGUUCUAUGUGAUGGCUGCUCUGCUCCUAGCCCUGGCCAGAAAAUACUUCAAAGCUGUGGCUGUUACGCUGCUCGUCUUUCUGCUCAGCUCGUGGAGCAUUUCGGGUAUCAUCUCCCUGCAGCAUCAGUACGUCCACAAGGUGGCCCUGCCCUUCGAGUCCUUCGACUUCCUCUAUGACAAGCCCUGGCAGCGAGUAGGCUCUUAUAUUGUGGGCAUGUGCGCCGGCUAUGUUUUGUACAAGGUGAAGACUCCACCGCUGGUUUCCAGGCGCUUGAACCUGUCCCUUUGGGCGGGCAGCCUGUUUGUCCUUUUGAUCGUGGUCUUCGGCGUCUGGGAGGGACAGCUGAGCACCGUCAACACCGCCUUCUACGUGGGCGUGGCCCACACCGCCUUCGGAUGCGGAUUGGUGUGGAUCGUGUUGUCCUGCUGCUGGGGACUGGCGCCCACCGUCAAUGCGAUCCUGUCGUAUCGCGUCAUGUGGCCCCUCUCGCGGCUCACAUACUGCGCCUACUUGAUCCACCCCAUCAUCAUGUUCAUCUGCUCCUCGCACAUGAGCGGCACUGUCCAUCUGAGCAAUCCCCUCAUCCUGACCCUGUUCCUGGGCAAUGCCGUCGUGUCCUUCGGCUCGGCCUUUGUCAUAUCCGCCUUUUUCGAGGCGCCCGUAAUCCGAAUACUCAAGAUCUGCUUCAAGAAGUGAUCGUGUAUAUCUGUAAUGGAAUUUCCGUUGAUUAUCUAGCCGAUUUCGUUAAUUGUUGGUUGAGCUUGCCCAUGAACGUUUGAAGUCUAGUUGGUUUCUCGGCUCACUGUUUUGUUUUGUUUUUUUUUGCGUGUCUUCAACAAAAUAAUGCACACAAAGAUGUCAGCUAAUGUUUUUAAAUAUCUCUAGACGUACUUGUGUUAUGUAUUUGUAUAUAUUAAGAGG